AUGUCGCGCCUCAACUUGGAUGCGUUGCUGAAAGUUGCGCCAGAAGGUGCGUAUCAAUUGCAGGUUUGCUUACCAUUAGCCAUUGAUCCUGAAAACGAGUACGAAGAUAAGGACCCUUCUGAAAAUGAGAGUAGUGACAAUGAUGAGCACAUGACAGAGGCCGCUGCUCGGCAGCAUUAUGUGGAUGUCGGCCCUAGCCAGAUGCGUCGAAAGGCACGACUCACGGAGUCAGACGCUCUUGAAAAGCCGCAGUACAAAGGCGUAAAAGCUUCCCGCGCCGAGAUGUUUGGCGACGGAAGCGAUGACGACGACGAUGGCGACGACGAGAACUAUGAUGAUGAUGAAAGCAAGCUAAAGCCCAGUGAUAAUGGGGAUCAAGAAGACGAUGACGAGGACGAUGACGAGGAUGAGGACGAAGAAGUGACCGAAGAUGAAGAUGAAGACAAGGACGAGGACGAGAACGAGGACGAGAACGAAGAAAUGACCGAAGAUGAAGACAGGGACGAAGGCGAGGACGAAGGUGUAGACCAAGAUCACAAUGACAAAACAGCUAUCAAAGCUCGUCUUGACAUUAAAUCUGACCCGUCCAUUUCACGCAAAAAAGCCUCGACGAACAUGGGUUCUGCCAGAGCUGCGACGACAGUGGCCAUGCAGGAAAAAGAAUCACAGACUGUGCUCGACCAAAUCCGAGAGAAACGUGCGCACGACGCUCGUAAGGGACAACAUGUACGCAAGCAAAUUCGAAACUGGGAAAAAGCACUUCGAUUGCGUAUUUCUUUUCAGAAACUGGUCACAGGAGCAUCGCGCCUGCCACCACCAGCCAUGCUAGAGCAUUAUUUCCAAUGCGCGCCUACCGCACGCGAUGAUAUCGACAAAGCGGCUGCUGAGCUCGAAGACAUUGCAGCGCAGCUGCUCGACAUUCGCAUGCAGCUGUGGAAGGUGAAUGUGCCAGCCACGUCACUGGAACUAGAUAAGCAUGUGCGCGUCGAAGCGAGCCAGUCAAAAGCACUGGAGGAUCUGGAGCAAGUCUUACAGCCGUACAUCCAUCAUCUUCUUACUCGCUGGUCGAACAAGAUUGCAUCUGCGCCUGACUCGCGCAAUGCUGGCGCAAGCGCGCGGCUGCAACUGCGUGCGAUGAACCAGGGCAUUGUAGAUCAAAUCGAGCAGGCACUUGCAGGCGAUGGAAUGGACAGACUCGUCAAUCGCACGCGUGUCUGGCGUGCUGAUGACGUGCAACGACUGGGUGUUCAGCCAUGGCACGAAGGAAAAGAGGCGGAGGCUGACAGCAACUCUCAGCCCACCACAGAUGUCAACGUGUUUGACGACAGUGACUUUUACUCACAGCUCCUACGGGACCUAAUUGAUAACGCGGGUAUCAUGGAGGCAGGGACAUCAAGUGCAGCCACGGAUGCCUUGCACACUCGUAAGCGGAAACGAAACGUCGAUGUACGUGCAUCCAAAGGACGGCGUCUUAGGUACGAUGUGAUGGAGAAAGUCCAAAAUUUCAUGCCGCCCAUCCCGAAAACAGCGUGGGAUGAGGCUCAGACGGAGCGACUGUUCUCUCGCUUGGCCUCUGUUACGGGUGCGCCUUCCAACGCAUCCGCCGCGGAAGAAACCAUUCCACCUCAAGAUGUGGCAGACCUAUCUGCUCAUGGCGAUGGGUUCCGAUUACUUGGAUAG